GUUCGACACUGGUUCGACAACGCCUCAACAUUCAAAUGACCAUGAAAUUAGAAAAAACAUCCACAAAAAAUAUUGGAAAGAUUGAAAAAGAUUAUCUAAUUAAUUAAUUUAUAAAAUGGUUCUUUUGUAUUGAUAUCAUUUGCCAAUAAAUAUACGGAUAAUAUUGCAAUACAAAUCAUUAGUUGUUCAUAAAUUAACUACAGUUAAAAUGGCGGCCGGCCCGAUAGCCGAAAGAAAUCAAGAUGCCACUGUGUAUGUUGGAGGUCUUGAUGACAAGGUAUCAGAAGCUAUAUUAUGGGAGCUGUUCUUACAGGCAGGACCUGUUGUGAAUGUCCAUAUGCCUAAAGACCGUGUGACUCAGUCUCAUCAAGGAUAUGGCUUUGUUGAGUUCCUUGGUGAAGAAGAUGCAGAUUAUGCCAUAAAAAUCAUGAAUAUGAUAAAAUUAUAUGGAAAACCAGUUCGUGUAAAUAAGGCAUCAGCUCAUCAGAAAAAUCUUGAUGUCGGAGCAAAUAUAUUUAUUGGAAAUCUCGAUCCUGAAGUGGAUGAAAAAUUACUGUAUGACACAUUUAGCGCCUUUGGUGUGAUAUUACAAACUCCAAAAAUUAUGAGAGACCCAGACACUGGUAACAGUAAAGGAUUUGCUUUUAUUAACUUUGCAAGUUUUGAAACAUCAGAUGCUGCCAUAGAAGCCAUGAAUGGACAAUAUUUAUGUAACAGAGCUAUAUCAAUCUCAUAUGCAUUUAAAAAAGACAGCAAAGGAGAGAGACACGGGUCCGCUGCAGAGAGGUUACUUGCUGCGCAGAAUCCAUUAUCUCAGGCUGACAGACCCCAUCAGCUGUUUGCAGAUGCUCCUCCUGCACAUCAACCCCCAGGCAUUGGUGCUGCACCUCCCCCUCCACCACCCAUGGGCCAGGGACCCCCAGGCAUGGGAGCAUCAGGUCCACCCCCAGGUGGACCUCCAAACAUGCCCCCAAUGUCAGGACCACCCCCCAUGCCUCCACCAGGGGGGAUGAUGCCACCCCCUGGGAUGCCUCCACCCCCUAUGCCUCCCCCGGGGAACUAUUUACCUCCUCCACCCAUGCCUCCACCAGGGAGCAUGCCAUAUCCUCCACCCCCAAUGCGUCCUCCCCCACCCCAGCAGCCCCCUCUCCCAAACACCAGCAACAGCAACAGUGGCCAAGACGGCAACCAGAACAACCAACAGUCACAGGGUCCCCCACCCAGGAUGCCCCCGCCACCAGGUAUGCCACCCCCGCCAGGGAUGCCCCCACCUCCUGGGAUGCCUCCAAUGCCCCCUCCCCCAGGAAUGCGGCCUCCUCCAGGGAUGCGACCCCCUCCAGGCUGGAGAGGACCCCCUCCCCCAUUUGGACCAGGCCGAGGUAUGCCUCCCAGGGGUAUGCCCCCACCCCCCAGGGGCAUGAGACCGCCACCCCCAGGUGGGCCAGGUAUGCCACCACCCCCAAGAGGUAUGCGACCCCCUCCACCAAGAGGGGGGCCACCACCCCAGUGGUAACAAGGUGGAUGGACAAUUGUAGAUG